UACAGAAAAGAAAUAAUCAAGAUUGAGUGAAAUGGCGUCAACAGCUCCAUCAUCAUCUGGGGUUGGGAAGAAGAGGCAGAAGAAAGGCCAAAAACAACAAGAGGUUACCAAUGUUGCAGAAUCCACUCAGAUUCGGGUUGCCCAAGUUCUUGAACAGUUUCGUGCUUCUAAUGAUGAAGUGUACACAUUUGAAUCAAACCUUUCAAACCGCGAUAGAGCUGCAGUUCAUAAGUUAUGCCGGAAAAUGGGAAUGAAAUCAAAAAGUUCUGGGCGUGGGGAUCAACGUCGUAUAUCUAUUUUCAAGACUAAACAGAACAUGGACACACUGAAAGGAAAGGAUGUGCUAAGUUGUUUUAAAUUUUCGGAGGAGGCAAAAUAUGCUCUACAGGAUUUAUUUACGCGAUAUCCACCUGGUGAUGGGGAGACAAGUGAACAAGUAGUCGGGAAACACAGUAAGAAAUUUGAUAAAUUACGAGGAAAGAAGGAUGAUAUGUUCUGUAAACCUGUGAUGAGCACGUCUGAAAUUGCAAAAAGGGUAGAGUCAUUUGCGUCAAGAAUAGAAAAAACCCCAAACAUGAGACAGAUUACAUUACAAAGGUCUAAGCUUCCAAUUGCUUCCUUCAAGGAUGCUAUUACAUCAACUAUAGAAUCUAAUCAGGUGGUCUUGAUCUCUGGUGAAACUGGAUGCGGGAAAACUACACAGGUCCCUCAAUUUAUUUUAGAUCAUAUGUGGGGUAAAGGCGAGACAUGUAAAAUUGUCUGUACUCAGCCACGACGAAUUUCUGCCACAUCAGUUUCUGAGAGAAUUUCUGCUGAAAGAGGCGAAAGUGUUGGGGAUACUGUUGGUUACAAGAUACGGCUGGAGAGCAGAGGUGGGAAGCAGUCAUCAAUCAUGUUUUGUACCAAUGGGAUUCUACUGAGGGUCCUGAUUACCAAUGGAAGUGCCAGCUUCAACAAGGAGGCUCCUGGGAAAAUGGGCAAGGAUCCCAUUUCUGAUAUAACCCACAUCAUUGUGGAUGAAAUUCAUGAGAGGGAUCGCUACUCCGAUUUCAUGCUCGCUAUUCUCAGGGACUUGCUUCCUUCAUAUCCAAAUUUGCGUUUGGUUCUGAUGAGUGCUACACUGGAUGCUGAACGUUUUUCAAAAUACUUUGGUGGCUGCCCAGUUAUCCGAGUCCCUGGAUUUACUUAUCCUGUAAAAACAUUCUAUCUUGAGGAUGUACUUUCUAUUGUAAGGUCAACUAAAAAUAAUCACCUUGAUUCCACCUCAUCCAGUGUCAUGCCUGAGGAAUCUAUAUUAACAGAGGAGUACAAAGUUGCCUUAGAUGAAGCAAUUAAUCUGGCUUUUUCAGAUGAUGAUCUGGAUCCCCUUUUGGAUCUAAUAUCUUCUGAAGGGGGACCAAAAGUUUUCAAUUAUCAGCAUUCUUUGAGUGGAGUGACGCCAUUGAUGGUGUUUGCUGGAAAAGGUCGCGUUGGUGACAUUUGCAUGCUCCUCUCUUUUGGUGCUGACUACCAUUUACGUGCUAAUGAUGGGAAAACUGCUCUAGAUUGGGCUGAGCAGGAGAAUCAGACAGAAGCUGUUGAAAUAAUUAAGGAACACAUGGAGAAAUCAUCUUCCAGUUGUGAGGAGCAGCAACAUUUACUUGACAAAUACCUAUCAACAGUUGAACCUGAACUGAUUGAUGAUGUCCUUAUUGAACAACUAUUAAAAAAAAUAUGCAUAGACUCGGAGGACGGGGCCAUCCUUGUUUUCCUUCCUGGUUGGGAGGACAUUAACAGAACACGAGAGAGAUUGAGAGCAAGCCACUAUUUCAAUGAUCAGUCUAAGUUUUCAGUGAUCGCUCUCCAUUCUAUGGUUCCUUCUGUGGAGCAAAAGAAGGUUUUUAGACACCCUCCUCCAGGCUGCCGCAAAAUCGUUCUUUCAACUAAUAUUGCUGAAACUGCCAUUACCAUUGAUGAUGUUGUUUAUGUAAUAGACAGUGGACGAAUGAAAGAAAAAAGUUAUGACCCUUAUAAUAAUGUUUCAACUCUUCAAUCUUCAUGGGUCUCAAAAGCAAGUGCAAAGCAAAGAGAAGGGCGUGCUGGGCGGUGCCAGCCAGGGAUUUGUUAUCAUCUUUAUUCAAAACUUCGAGCAGCUUCAUUGCCUGAUUUCCAGGUUCCUGAGAUUAAGAGGAUUCCUAUAGAGGAACUAUGCCUUCAGGUCAAGCUUCUUAAUCCUGAUUGCAAGAUAGAAGAAUUCCUGCAGAAAACACUUGACCCUCCGGUUUAUGAGACCAUACGUAAUGCAAUCAUUGUUCUUCAAGAUAUUGGGGCGCUGUCAUUUGAUGAGAAGCUUACAGAGCUUGGAGAAAGGCUAGGAUCUUUACCAGUUCAUCCGCUUACAAGCAAGAUGCUUUUAAUUUCCAUCUUAUUGAACUGCCUUGACCCAGCAUUGACUAUGGCUUGUGCUUCUGACUAUAGAGAUCCAUUUACCCUACCCAUGUUGCCAAAUGAGAAGAAUAAAGCUGCAGCUGCAAAAGCUGAGUUAGCCUCAUGGUAUGGUGGAAGAAGUGAUCAAUUAGCAGUUGUGGCUGCGUUUGAGGGCUGGAAAAGUGCGAGAGAAACUGGUCAAGAAUCGAGGUUUUGUUCUAAGUACUUUGUAUCUUCAGGCACUAUGCAUAUGCUAUCAGGAAUGCGUAAACAACUUGCAUCUGAACUAUUGAGGAAUGGGUUUAUUCCCGGGGAUGGAUCUUCCUGUAACCUUAACGCACAGGAUCCAGGCAUACUACAUUCUGUUCUUGUUGCUGGUUUGUACCCUAUGGUUGGAAGACUGCUCCCACCUCUGAAAAAUAAUAAGAAGGCUGUCAUUGAGACUGCAGGUGGUGAUAAAGUUCGAUUAAGCCCUCAUUCAACUAACUUCAAGCUUUCAUUCCAAAAAUUCUAUGAGCAACCAUUAAUUGCAUAUGAUGAGAUAACUCGUGGUGAUGGAGGUCUGCUUAUAAGGAAUUGCACUGUCAUUGGGCCACUCCCACUAUUGUUGCUGGCAACAGAGAUUGUAGUGGCUCCUGGAAAUGAAGAAGAUGAUGAUGGCAAUGAUGAUGAUGAAAGUGAUUAUGAAGAUGCUGAUGAGGACAAUGGCGAGGAAGGUAAUAUUAAAGCAGAUCUGUCAGAAGCCCAUCAAGGAGAGAAAAUUAUGUCUUCUCCUGAUAAUACAGUUAAGGUCAUUGUUGAUAGAUGGAUUCCUUUUGAGUCAACAGCUCUUGACGUUGCUCAAAUUUACUGCCUGAGAGAGAGAUUAGCUGCAGCAAUUUUAUUCAAGGUCACACAUCCUGGAAAAGUUCUUCCUGAGGUUCUUGCAGCCUCUAUAAAUGCAAUGGGUUGUAUCUUGUCUUACAAUGGGAUGUCAGGAAUAUCAUUGCUGCAUGAGCCUGUGGACUCACUUACUACAAUGGUUAGUGCUACUGAGAUUGGUCAGUCUGAUCCUGGGUGGAAUAACAGAAUGGAUAUGAAUCCCAACAUUUCUCCCAAUUCAUUUGAGUACAAUGGCCAGCAUCAGCGCCCCAAUAUGCAUCAUCAAAGAGGUGGCAUUCAUGUAUCAAAGGGAUCGUCUGCGCAUAGAGGUACCAUGCAAAGAGGUCAUUCUAAGCGGAAGCGUGGAAAUGGACCUUAUUAAAUCAGGUUUUAGACAGAUUUAUUCACACAAUUAACAGAGGUUUUUUUCCACAGAAGCAACAGCAAGAAUCUUCCCUUUUUUGUUACUCCAAGAAGGUAAAGUAAGUAAACAUAUAGGGGUGUUGUAUGUAUGCUGUAGGGAAUCAAACUGGGGUUU